AUGGAUGACGAUUUAUUCGGUGCAUUUGGCGCAAAUGUAAGUGAGCACCACAAAGAUCAAGGUGCUAGUAGCAAAAAUGGCGAGGAUUUGAUGCAAAAGGUGGAACGUAAAAGACAAGAAGAAUGUCGUAGUAAUGCGGAUGCGUUCUUAGCUCGGAUGGCCGCUGGCGAAGCUGAUGCGGUUAAUUUGAAGAGGCAUACCGACAAAGAUUUAGAUGGUCGGUUUUGUUGCGAAUUUUUCAACAUGGUCGAAACGUUUUACUUGGAACAGCCUGGAAUCGUUUCGUCAUUUUCAUUCUUCUUUUGUUCGAUUUAG